AUGGUCCUGGCCUCGGGCGCCGUCGUCGCCGUCUCAGUGGCAGUGGCUACCUUCAUCGCCAUCUACGAGUCCCCCGAGCUGCGCCAGUACGCCGACGACGUCCGCCGACGCAUCGCCAUGGCCUUCUACUCCAUGGGUGACGGCAUCACUCCCUCAGCCAGGGAGCCCCGCUUCAACAGGCCCGAAGACGCCGAGGGCUUCCUCCAGUCUCGCCGCGGUACAGGAGCAGAGCCUGGCGUCGAUGCCGAUGACGAAACCCGCCGCCGGCAGAGAGAGGAGCUGCUGUACUGGAAUGCCGUGCGGCUCCAGCAGCGGGAGCGGGAGGGCCAGCCGCGAAACUCGUCCGACCCGCCUCCCAGACCGGCCAAACUGUCUCGCGGAUCUACCUUUGACGAUUUUUUGCAGCCGGAUACCUCUGCCGAGCAAGGUGCAUACGUCUUCAACUCUGGUGCCGACACUAGGGACUAUGGCGGCCUGCGGCGUCGCGGAGAGGGCGCCCGAGGCUUCAUGUCGCCCGCUUACUCCAAUCCCUUUGCAGACGAGCAUCACAUCGAGGCCGACGAGAUCCAGGAUGCCCACCUUGCCCGCCAGCUCGCCCCCGAGCAGAGCGAGGUCAUGUCAGACAUUUACAGCGCAACCACCCGUGAUGAUCAUGAAGAGCGUCAAACUGCCACUCUGGAGCCUGUCUCGCCAGCGCCGUUGAUUGAUGUCGCUCCGCUACCCAUCCCAUCACAGUCGCCGCCACCUACCCUCGAGCGAGAGCUUGCCGAAAACGAGUUCAUGUCUGCUGGCCAAGAAGAUCGUCGCGACGUCCAUGCUACCAUCCAGGCCUGGGCCCAGGAAUCGAGCCGUGACUUUUACUCCCCUCUCCCCGUGACUCCCGUAGCACCAAUGUCUGAGCCGGACGUCAUCUCUCAAGGAGAGCUUACCCCCACCGACUCCAUUUCUCUUGUUGGGUCAGGCGAGGAUAUUGCCAAUGACGCUCACUUUUCUGAGCAUGACAGCAAUGGACGGUACAUGGACGUGAUGAGCGAGAGCGAGGGCAUGGCCACCCCGGCAAGCUGGUCGGAGGUGGGUAGCGUCAUCAGCGACAACGACGGCCCAAUGCACGCGUGA